AGCAUGAUUAGAGCACCGGCUACCGCCCAUUUGAUUCGGAGAAACCAAGGCGUGGACCAUGCACUUGGAACAGUAAGGAUAAAAGGUAACGUACCUAGUGGUCGCGAUUUGCAAGUGCGGUACUGUAUCUGCCACUGCCAUGGCCUUAUCCUCCCUCUUGCUCCUCCUGCUUCUCUCGGCCGCCCAUGGCGCCGCGGCUCCUCCCGCUCUCGGCUUCACGCGGAGCGACUUCCCGCCGGACUUCGUCUUCGGCGCCGCCACCUCCGCGUACCAGUAUGAGGGCGCCGUGGCUGAGGAUGGCAGGAGCCCAAGCAUCUGGGACACCUUCACUCACGCUGGGAAAAUGCCAGACAAAAGCACGGGCGAUAUCGCUUCUGAAGGAUACCACAAGUACAAGGACGACGUCAAGCUCAUGGCUGACACAAACUUAGAGGCUUACAGAUUCUCCAUCUCCUGGUCAAGGCUUGUUCCAAACGGGAGGGGGGCUGUCAAUCCAAAGGGGUUAGAGUACUACAAUAACCUCAUAAAUGAGCUAGUGAAACAUGGAAUUCAAAUCCAUGUCAUGCUUUACCAUCUCGAUUUCCCACAAGUUUUGGAAGAUGAGUAUGGAGGAUGGUUAAGCCCUAGAAUUGUGGAGGAUUUCACAGCAUUUGCAGAUGUGUGCUUCAGAGAGUUUGGAGACAGGGUUUCGUACUGGACCACGAUAGACGAACCUAAUGUCGGCCCAAUCGGAUCUUACGAUAGUGGAAUAUUUGCACCUGGACGUUGUUCCGAUCCUUUUGGAAUAACAAAAUGUACCGCCGGGAACUCAACCGUGGAGCCGUACAUAGCAGUUCAUAACAUGAUACUGGCACAUGCAUCAGCUACAAGACUUUACAGAGAACAAUAUCAAGCUGUGCAAAAGGGAGUUGUUGGCAUAAACGUUUACUCAUUUUGGACUUAUCCUUUGACGAACUCUACUGUGGAUUUAGAAGCAACUAAAAGAUAUCAAGACUUCAUGUUUGGCUGGACACUAGGACCCUUGGUGUUUGGAGAUUACCCACAAGUGAUGAAGACGAAUGUUGGUUCUCGCCUCCCAUCCUUCACAAAAUCCCAAUCUGAAUUUGUUAAGGGCGCUAUCGAUUUCAUAGGAAUAAAUCAUUACUAUUCUGUCUAUGUGAACGAUCGCCCUUUAAAGGAAGGUGUUCGUGACUAUGCAGCAGACAUGUCAGUUUACCAGAGAGGUUCUAGAACAGACCCAGCAACAAGCGAGUACGCCCCAACGGCUUAUCCAGACGACCCAGAAGGAUUGCAAUUUGUGCUGCAGUACCUGACAGAAGCCUAUGGGGGCCUCCCCAUUUAUGUCCAAGAGAAUGGCAAGGCAUCCGCGAAUGACAUUCUCGAUGACACCGACAGGGUGGAAUACUUGAAGAGCUACAUAGGGAGCACACUGGAUGCAUUAAGAAACGGAGCCAAUGUGAAAGGUUACUUCGUGUGGAACUUCCUGGACAUCUUCGAGUUCCUAGCAGGGUACAAGUUAGGGUUCGGCAUGUAUCGUGUCGACUUUGAUGACGAAGCGCGGCCACGAGAAGCCAGGCUCUCUGCUCGCUGGUACUCCAGGUUUCUGAAAAAUAAUGGCAUUAGUGCUCAGAGUGAGGUCGACGAUACAGGACACCAUGCUCAACAGUAAGUUGUAUAGUCAGAUGCACUGAGUUGUGCGUGACCUUAUUUUAGGUAUAUAAUUUUUUUUCUGUAUGUGCAACGUGUAGUACUAUAAGUAUGUACAGUUUAUGCCGAAAACUUAUCAUUCUCCUAGAAUAAAUAGAUUAAGAGUCAUGUUCUACUGGUCAUCCAACAAGGCGACAAAACACGUGUGAGGCUUCAAUCUUAUAAUGCAGAUGGUUUAAACUAAAAACACACGAUAUUAUUUUC